CUCCCUUCAGCUACCCUGGUCAGUGUUGCUCGGACAACCAGAAGGAGUAGGUUCUAGCUUGGCCUAGCUGUACUGAGGAACCUGAUACUAAAACUGAGGGGUGUGAGGUCAACACUGUGCACGGUGGUUCUCGUCCCUGCUGGUCGGGGUACGAGUAGGGAGCUGGUCUCCCCUAACAGAGGCGUCCAGGUGACUGCCCCCCGUUUCUUCUUUAGUUUCUGUCUUUCUCAACAAGAUGAGCAAGAUCCAGGUGGUGGAGGGAUUCCGGGUUGGAGGAAGGCGUGAUGUGGUGGCAGCUGCGGAAGGAUACGUGAAGGAGUUCACGCGCCACUCCAACGAUGUCCUGCUGAAUCUGAACGAGCUGAGGCACCGGAACAUUCUGACUGAUGCCACCCUCGUGGUGGGCACCUGCCGAAUGCAUGCGCAUUGUGCUGUGCUCAUUGCCUGCAGCGGGUUCUUUUACUCGCUGUACUCCGGUCGCGUGUCCUUCCCUGGGAAUGGAGCUGCAGGAGACAAAGCCCUGGCCGUAUCACUGCCUGACUCACUGGACCCCUCCAGCGUCUCCAUGCUCCUGGACUUCAUGUACACCUCCCGGCUGCCCCUCACGCCAAGCACGGUCCACGGGGUGCUGUCUGUCGCCACCUACCUGCAGAUGGACCAUGUGGCUGACACCUGUAGAGCUUUCAUGAUACACAGUGAGCGGAUGAGAGGGACGCCCCCUCAAAUGGAGCUGGACUCCACGGUGUCUGCAGUGUCUGUAGCACCCUCAGGGGGACUUCCUCCCAAUCCCCCUGUCAAUGCAAGACCCCGCCCGUCUGUCCUGGCCCUCUCCACCCCCUUCCAGCCCACAGAGGAGGCUGAGGGCCACGUUUACCGCGAUGUGGCCAGAGUCCCUGGUGACAUCCGUGCCUCUCCGCAGCCAGGGACUUUCCUGACCCGCGAACCCAGGUCAGAGGAACUAAAGUUGGAGCCCGAAUCGUCCCUUUCCACCCCAUCUCCGGACACCCCGUCUCGCUCUGGCUGCCAGCCCAAUUCUCCGGCUGAGUCGAACACCUGUAAUCUGGAUGAACCCAAGCGCAACCCUGACCCAAAGGCAUGCAACUGGAAGAAAUACAAAUACAUCGUCCUCAACCCCCUCUGCGCCGGAACCACAGUGAAGGAGGAGGACUCUGAUGAGGGCCAGCGGCCCACCCCCAACUCUGAUAGGACGAUGGUGACAUUGAAACCUCCUGUGGAGGUGUGGCCAGGGCAUGGAUCCAGCCAGAAUGACAGGCGGAGGCAAGCCUCCAGCUAUGAUGUCCCCGGUCAGACCCCUAAUCUAGUACCCCAGCCAGGCCUUCCAGCCCACCCUGCAGACCAUCCCAUGGAACCACCAACCUACAAGGAAGGAACAGUGUCGCCCAGCUAUCUCGCACCCCGGCCAUCGGACCCAGAGGCCGAACGUCAGUGUCGUCACCCAAUCAAGCGUGAGAACUACGCCGGGACGUUCAGUUGCCCUUGCAACCUGACCGGGAUAAAGACUGUCUGCGCAGCUCCUGCCGCCGGCGACAAGCCGUAUCGCUGUAACGUGUGUGGCGCCCAGUUCAACCGGCCCGCCAAUCUGAAGACUCACUCACGCAUCCACUCCGGAGAGAAGCCGUACCGCUGUGACACGUGCUGCGCCAGGUUUGUUCAGGUGGCACACCUGCGGGCCCAUGUUCUGAUCCACACUGGGGAGAAGCCUUACCCAUGUCACACCUGUGGAACCCGCUUCCGUCACCUGCAGACGCUGAAGAGCCACCUGCGUAUUCACACUGGAGAGAAGCCAUACACUUGUGAGAAGUGUGACCUGCACUUCCGCCAUAAAAGCCAGCUGCGCCUUCACCUGAGACAGAAGCACGGCGCCGUCACCAACACCAAGAUCCGCUACCAGGUCCUGGCAGAACCAUACCAGCCCAUCCUGCAAGCCUGUUAAAGGUCCUCCCUUUGACCCCUGACCUUUAACCCAACCCCCAGAAAUGUGUAUGUUUCUACCCUAGUUAGUGUUAUUAUGGUCAAUGCUUGCAUUCCCUAGAAGGUGCACUACUUUAGACCGGGUCUCAUAUGGCCUGUAGGGAAUAGGGUGCCAUUUGAGAUUGCCUGGCUUCAAGUCUGACCCCUCACAUACACAAUAACACUAAUAUAUUAAUAUUACCCAAGUACUCCGUGCAUGAAGCCAAUCGAGGUGUUCUUAUGUGAAUUUGGAAAGACGGAGAUGCCAGAGAUUAUACAGGCUGACUCCAGUUCGUUCAAGCUUUAGGUCAGGAUUGCAUGGAUGAGUUAUGUGUCUAAUCAAGAAAGUUGCCUUGACUUACUGGAAGUCAAGGCAACUGGCUGGAACCCCGUUAAUUAUGAGGAUAUGAGGAAAGAGAGACCGAGAGAGAAACAAAGACUGAGGGAAGAGUGUGAGAAUCAGAAAUGAGGGAAGGAAGUGUGGAAAAUCAAGGAGGGUUGGAAGCUUGAGAUAAGGCUUCAGAGCGAUGUAAAAGAUGAACAAGUAAGUAGUUAUGAGUUUGGGAGAUGUUGAGGUGGUUAGAGCAAGUCAAAGAAAGUUUGUGCCAUUGUUGAAUUUUUGUGUUUCCACAGCUAAUGGGAUUUACUAGAGACCAUCUGCUUGGCAAUGACGCGUAGGUGACAUUGCAUAACAAAAUACAGUGAGAAGUCAAAGUUUAUAAGGGUGUGUUAACACUAUUCCAAUUAUUUCAGAUAUAAUUGGCAUAGUGUAAUUGGCAUAAUGCUUUUUUAACACAUUUUAAUUUUUGACAUACUUAAGGCCUGGGGCCUAUUUACACUGUAUAAGGACAAGUGACAUAUUGGAUAAAAUGUUGUACCUGUUACAGUUCUGUCUUUUCCUUAAAUGGAAGAUUACUACUUUUUAAUGAUAACUUUAUUUCAGAGUCCAAGCAGGCAAAGGACUUUCGUCUCUUGUAUAUGAAGAAAUGUGUGCUUUCAGAGAAAAUGUAAAAAUUGGAUUGGAGAUAUUAGAUUUUUUUUUUGUAAUUUUUGCUGGCCAAAGACAAGGACUGUUUAUACAAAUUAAAUUAAAUGAAUUUCCAUGAACUAUGAA